UCACGUCCCCCACUGCCACCUGGUCCUACCCCCCUUCCAGUACUGGGAAAUGUUCUCAGUCUUGAUUCUGCUCGGCCUUGGCUGACCUUUAAUGCCUGGAGAUCCGCAUAUGGUGACAUUAUUUAUGCUCGUGUCCUCAGCAAGCCUGUUCUUGUCGUUAAUUCUAAGGAGGUCGCAAAAGACCUCUUUGAUCGGCGUUCCAGCAUAUAUUCAGAUAGACCCCAGUCAAUUGUUUACGAAGCCUUCGCUUCAGAUUUUAACAUGGGGUUCAUGCCAUAUGGAAACAGUAGGUGGCGCCUCCACCGACGAAUUUUUCAUCAGGCAUUCCAUCAAGCUGCUACACCUGCUCAUCACGCUGUGCGACUUCGUUCCGCCCACAAAAUGCUGUUCAGUCUUCUACAGGACCCUGGCAAUUAUCCGAACCAUUUUCAGAUGUUUACUUUGACAUUCAUGCUGUCUAUAAUAUAUGACUGCGAAGCGAAAGCUAAGGACGCCCACGUUGCUCACGUCAUUACAAGAUAUGGCGAUCUCAUAGUCGAUGGUUUCGCACCAGCUGCCAUGAUGUUAAUGGAAACAUUCCCUUUCCCUGAUUUCCUGCGAGCAUCACUCAAAUGUAUCCAGGCAGCCCAUGAUGUGAAGGAGAUUCCUUUUCAAUAUGUCAAAGAGAGGAUGUCUGCCAACGACAUGGGACCGUGCCUGGUGGCUGAUGCUUUGAACAGGACCAGUCAAGAGGAUGACGUUAAUACAACUGCAGUUAAGGAGGCUGCCUCCGUUGCAUUCACAGGUAUGCAAACCACUGCCACUUUACUUGUGUUUUUCCUUGCUAUGGUGCUCAACCCAGAAGUACAAGCCAAAGCGCAGGCGGAGAUCGAUCGAGUCGUUGGCAAAAAUAGACUCCCUGAUUUCGACGAUAGACCAGCGUUGCCUUACCUAGAAGCUGUUUUGCGUGAAACGCUCAGGUGGCACCCAGUGAUUCCAAUGAGCGUCCCACACGCAACAACAACCAGUGAUAUCUACAAUGGCUAUUUCAUCCCUAAAGGUUUGGCAAUGACGCACGAUGCAACGAAAUACCCCAGUCCUGACGAAUUCAAACCUAAAAGAUUUUUCCAAGAUGACGGGUCUCUCAACAGCGAUACAAUGCGUUUAGGCUUCGGCUGGGGUCCCCGGAUUUGUGUGGGACGGCAUGUCGUGGACGCGUCACUCUGGAUCGCAAUCGCGAAUUUCCUGGCGUUUUUCUCGGCCCACAAAGCUCUUGAUGAACACGGCAUGGAGAUCCCGAUCGUUCCGAAUCAUCCGGAGACAUUUCCCUGUCGCAUUCUCCCGCGAUUCCCUAGCGUGUCUCUAAAGACACUGACAUGUUCGACCAACUUGGGUCCGUUCUAUCGACCACACCUGGCAUUCUCAAAUACUAACAUACAGUGGCAGGGAAAUUAUGAUUGCGGUGUGGUAAGCAGUGUGCAGCCCGAUAGCUUUCUGCCUUGA